CAUUGCGUUCGUAAGAUUUGAUUAAUCCGCGUGAAUCGCAUGUGGACUGCUCACGAGGUGUCGGUCUCGAAGAUCUCGCGUGCGUCCGAUUUUUCGAUUUGAAAAUAUCUUUUUUUUUGUUUUAAAAUUUUUUUUUCGAGUAUAGAUUUUUUUUUAGCUACGUAUCUUGGCCAUGUUUGCCGGUUCCGAAAAUAGUAGUUCGCGACGAAAAGUGAAAGUUUUGUAACAGCGAUUUGUUUCGACGACACUUUGGUGCGCCGUGCUUCGAUCAAAUUCAUAUGAAUAUGUUCUCAGUCUAAUUUGAAAGAAGAAAAUAAGAGAAAAUUGGGGAAAAAAUUUUGAAGAAGGAAUUCGAAAGAUUCCGAGUAACGAGACAAAAAGAGUGAUUCAGCAAGAUUGAAGAAAAAGCUCAGAAUAUUGGAUGACCCUUGUGGAGUGUAAUAGUAAUUAACAAGGAAGAAGAGAGUAAAUAGUAUCGUUAAUUUUCUGACAUCAUUUGCACGAUUGGGCUCGGUUGAAUUCAAGGUCUGAAUAGUCAGUCGUGCGACACUGAAUCGGAAGUAGGAAGACCUCCUCUCAUUCACUCUGGACGGAAAUAAAGUAAUCUGAUAUCUGAAUCACCUGGAUUAGAUUAUAGGAAUAUACAGAUCAUUUAGCAAUGAACGCUCCAUCAAUCAGUCUCAUCCUUGAUCGAAUUCCUUCUCAGAUUCACCGACACACCAGAUAUUUUUAGAUGCUUUCUCACCGAAAUUACAUUAACGCGAUGGGGAAUCCCUUCAAUGUGAACCAUCCAAGAGAAACGACCUUGUUGAACUCUCCAAUUAUCAAACGAAUUUGAUACUCGUUUGAUCACUCUAGAAUUGAGUGCCUUUUUAAGAAUCUUCCUGGGAAAAAAUGUCACUGGCCAACUUCUCCUUGCCUUUCCAAACUGUGACGCCCUCUCCGUUUUUAUACGCGGGUAAUGAGGGUCGUUCAUUCAUAAAUAAUCUGCGACUGAAUGCUGCACUACCGCCCCCACCCGCCCUCGCCUUUAGUGAGGAAACGCAUUAUCGAAACGAUCCAUACUAUCGAUACCAUCAACAAUCGCAACAGCAACAACAGCAGCAGCAAAAAACGCAAAAACAAGAACGUUAUCGCCAGGCAACAUCACCCCAACCCAGAGGACGAGAAUUUUUUUCAGAUGCUGCUUCGUCCUUUUCCUCAACAAGAUCCUUUUCUUCUCAGGAUACGAGAUAUUCUGGGUAUGAACAGGAUUUUAGAAGAACCCAACCUAGACAGGAGCAACAACAGCAGAGGCCUCCAAUCUUGCCCACUGUUCAACAACUGCCCCAGCAACUACAGCGAGAAUUGCCCCAACAAUUGCCCCAACAAUUUCCUCAACAAUUACCCCAACAAUUGCCCCAACAAUUGCCUCAACAAUUGCCUCAACAAUUGCCUCGACAAUUGCCUCAACAAUUGCCCCUAAAACAACGUAUUCCUAUUCAACAAGAGAGAGACCAACUACAAUCACCAACAGAUCCUAGGGACAAGUCUCAAGAAAAUUAUCCAGAAAGACCGAAUGGGUACACGAGAGUGAAUAGUGGAUCUUAUACGGGACCUGGGGCAAAAACGUCAGUCCAUGCAGUUCUCGAUUACGAUGAUGAUGAAUUUGAAGAAUACUACGAUGACGAGAACCCGGUCAUUCCUAGUGAUGCCCAUGUGACCCCAAUCCAGGGACCAAUUCUUUUGAAAAAUGGAACAGUGCCUGUUGUUCCACUUUACUCGUAUCCACAGUUGAAUAAUGGCACCUUAGUGCAAAUACCUAUCUUGUGGACAGCUCUUUCAGUAGCUUUGGGAGUGGAACUUCGAGGUGAUUUAGUCAAAGGUGCGCCUUGUAUUAAAAAAAAUCAUCAGCUUUUUUGUCCAACUGCUGGGAACAGUUAUCCUAUUGAACGGAUAGAACGAUUUAUAGAUGAGAAUAAAGCUCUAAUGAAGAGGAUGUAUGGUGAUUUUGAAAUGACCGAGUUUCCACCACCCAGAAAAGACCCCACAUUUCGAAGAAAAAGAACAGCAACGAGUCACGAUAUUCCAGAUGGCGGACCAAGCUUUCGUGACGAUCUCAAAUCUGAUCCACAUGCUGGAUCAGGAGAUUCCUAUUUUAGCAAAAUUAGAAAACCUAGACAGUCAUUUUCAAAGGCACAAAAUGCAAACGAUAGUGGAAGAGUAGAUGCAUGCGAGGCCAAAGUGGAAAUAGUGACACCAUAUUGGUUCAAGAAUAGUGCAGGAAAAGUUCGUGCUAUUGUAAACACUGAACAUUUCGAGCAGGCUAUUCAUCAGGAAGUGUGUUCGAAAACCAAGACAAACAGAUGUACUGGUGAUUGUGGAUGUGAACAAAAAUACAAAUGGCACAGAUUAUUGGCCUAUGAUCCUGACAAUGACUGUAAAGGAAUUUUCAUGGACUGGUUCCUCUUUCCGUCUUGCUGCGUUUGCAGAUGUGAGCCAAAUGCCAAAUUUCCAGGAACAUCGACAACCUCUAAAAACUAAAUAAAGGAACAAAAACACAAGAAUCUAUCAAUUUUUUUCAUUUUUCUCCAAACUUCAACAAAAAAUUGGAGAAGAAAAGGAAAAUCGAAAAAAACCUCGUGAUCUUCGAACCAUAUCAAUUUUCUUAAUAUAUAAACAGUUAGAAAAUGUUUUUAAUUUGACAGAACCAGUAUAGGGUUCUUCGUGUAAGAAUUCUACUUUAGGAUAAAUUAAGUUACAGUAAAGUUAAGCUUUUGAAUUGAGAACUGAUUUUUUAAAAAUAUUUAAACUAAAGCAGCAAAUGCGAUUUUAAGAAUUCAUGGGCUAGAGAAUAAGUUUUAAACGUAUAUACUUCUUAUAGCUACAUACAGAUGACUCUGGAUCUAAUUUUCAAUCCAUAAAAUUGAAUUAAAUUUUGUUUAUUUUUACAGAGCACACAUUAUGGUGGUCCAAAUUUAUACCUUUUGAAAUUAAAUUUUUUAUUCUUGGUGAUCGAUCCUCCCACCUGUUAAUAUUGUGCUCGGAAAAUUCCCCCAAAAACACAAAACAACAAUUUUAUGCGAAAUUCAUACUAACGACUUUAUUUUUUUCAACGUCAAUUAUUUUUAUUUAAUAAGUGACAAGUUUCCAGGUAUAUUUUAACUAAUUAGAAAUUUUAUGAACAAAUAUUAUUUUUAGGAACCAUUUUGUCCAUUUAUAUAUCAAGAUAUACUUUUUUCAGCUAUAAUUGACAUAGUUGAUGAAUGUCAAAGAUAAUGUUUUUUAUUUGAUAAAUUUUGGUCAGUAGUUAAAACAAUUUCUGUUUGUAUAAUGUUUUUCUAAUAAAUCGUUAUUUUCUUAAAUUAAUCAUGCAGUUAAUGAGUAUUCAGAUUUUUUGUGCGUGCAAGCUUGAAAUUGUUUGAACAAUUAUUAACGUUUGCUCCUUUUCAUAGGAGAGAUGGAGAAAAUUCUACUGUUCUUGAGUCUCUUGCACUAAGACGCUUAUUAUUCACUAUUUUUUUAUUUGAAAAAAAUUUAAAAAUUUAGGGUAUAAGUAAUAAAAUGAGAAAUUACUUUAUAAUAGGCCACAUUGUAGAUUCGAAAAACCUAGAAUUUUCCUUACCUUUCCUAUAAAAAGCACCAAGUGAUAUUGAUUAUAUUAUAAUAAUUGCAAACCGUCUGAAAAAAAUAGCUUUACGAACAUUUUUUAUCGGCGUCAUUAAAUUAUGAAGAGAAUAACUUUUUACAAUAUACAGGAGAAAAAAUGGUUAAACCCGAAUACAAAAAAAUAAAAAAUAAAAUAUCGAAAUAUUAUUUAAAAAAUAUAUUACUUUCAACAUUCACUAGUUAUGUCAAUAAUUACAGAAAACAGUUACUUUUCGCCAUUCACAGGGGAAAAAAUGAAAGUUGUUUAAAUAAUUACUAAAUGUGUAAAAUUGUCCGUAGCAUGAAUUUGACAGAAAACAGCUAUUUUUAAUUUUUGGGGCAUUUUCUUGGCACAAUGCAAGGGAAUCAAAAAUUUAAAUUUGAUUUUUUGGAACGCCCUAGGCACACAUCCUUUUUUCAAGUCUAGUUAUCUAAUAAUUUUAUUUGAAGUAAUGUUUCAGAACUCAGAAAAUAGUCUUCUGGUAAUCAAAUUUGAUGACGGUAAUAAGUUGAAUUUCCUGAUUCAGACAGAGGAUAAAACAAUCGAUUUUAUAUAACUCAAUAAUAGCUUAAUGUUUAUAUUAAAUAGUUC